GAAUCUUCUUUCAGUUAUUCACAGUCCUCGUGGAUGAAGAUUGAAGAAGAUAACAACUUCCUUCAAUUGUUCGCUCUAUUUUCAAUCAAGUAUAAAGUUUGUACCUUUGGAAUCAAUUGAUGGUUUUACAUAUGGAAAAGAGUAUAUAUACUUUUCUCACUGUACACCGCUGGGAUUCACUGAACUGCAUGAAAUAUAAGUUAUCUUCACUCAGGCCUGUCCAUGGAAGGUUGGCUCUGAAAUUUCUCAAAUGGGUCAUAAAGCAACCCAAUUUGGAACUCAAUCAUGUUACCCAUAUUAUAUGCACUACUACCCACAUUCUUGUUAGAGCUAGAAUGUACAACUUUGCCAAAACAACCUUGAGACAUUUGUUACAAAUGCCUAUUGGUUUGAAUUCUGUAUUUGGUGCUCUGAUGGAGACAUACCCCAUUUGCAACUCAAACCCUGCUGUUUUUGACCUCCUUAUUAGAGUUUGUUUACGGGAAAAGAUGGUUGGAGAUGCUGUGCAGACUUUCUACUUGAUGGGUUUUCGGGGAUUGAAGCCGUCUGUUUACACUUGUAACAUGGUGCUUGGUUCCCUGGUAAAGGAUCAGAAAGUUGAGUUGUUUUGGUCCUUUUUCAAAGGAAUGCUUGCCAAGAAGGUUUGUCCUAAUGUUGCUACAUUCAAUAUAUUGUUAAAUGCUUUAUGCGAACGAGGGAAGUUUAAAAGUGCUGGUUUUCUCUUGAGGAAAAUGGAAGAAAGCGGUCGUUGUCCAACUGCAGUUACUUACAAUACUUUGCUUAAUUGGUAUUGCAAGAAAGGAAGGUACAAAGCAGCAUCUGAGCUGAUUGACUGCAUGGCAUCUAAGGGUAUUGCGGCAGAUGUUUGUACAUAUAAUGUGUUGAUAGAUAAUUUGUGUAGGGAAAGCAGGAGUGCAAAAGGUUAUUUAAUGUUGAAAAGGAUGAGAAAGAAUAUGGUGCGUCCUAAUGAGAUAACGUAUAAUACGCUUAUUAAUGGAUUUGUUAAGGAGGGGAAGAUUGGAGUUGCUACACAAGUUUUUGAUGAGAUGUCGUCAUUUAAUUUGUUACCUAAUAGUAUCACUUACAAUACUUUGAUUGUUGGGUAUUGCAGCAAGGGCAAUAUUGAGGAAGCAUUCAGACUUUUGGAUAUGAUGAUAUCACAUGGUUUGAGACCUAACGAAGUAACAUAUGGGGCUCUUUUAAAUGGGCUAUCCAAGCAUGGUGAAUUUGGAUUGGUUUCCAGUAUUCUUGAGAGAAUGAGGAUGCAUGGGGUGAGAGUUGGUCAUAUCAGUUAUACAGCAAUGAUUGAUGGAUUGUGUAAGAAUGGCCUGCUUGAAGAAGCUGUGCAGUUGCUAGAUGAUAUGUUAAAAGUUUCUGUCAAUCCUGAUGUUAUUACAUUUUCAGUGCUCAUAAAUGGUUUUUUCAGGGUGGGGAAGAUAAAUAAUGCAAAGGAGAUAAUGUGUAAAAUGUAUAAGACUGGAUUUUUGCCAAACAGCAUUUUGUAUUCAACAUUAAUCUACAACUAUUGCAAGAUGGGAAAACUAAAAGAAGCAUUAAAUGCUUAUGCAGUUAUGAACCACGGUGGUCAUGUUGCAGAUCACUUUACAUGUAAUGUGUUGGUUGCCACUUUUUGUAGAUGUGGGAGACUUGAAGAGGCUGAGUAUUUUAUGGAUCACAUGAGCAGGAUGGGUCUUGAUCCUAGCUCCGUUACCUUUGAUUGCAUUAUAAAUAGUUAUGGAAAUUCCGGCAAUGCAUUAAAAGCAUUUUCAAUGUUUGAUAAAAUGAAUAGUUUAGGCCUAUUCCCAAGUCAGUUCACGUAUGGGGGUCUAUUGAAAGGACUUUGCAUUGGUGGACAUAUUAAUGAAGCCAAAAAAUUUUUGCAUAGACUUCGUUGCAUUCCUUAUGCCAUGGAUAAUGUUUUGUACAACACAAUACUUACUUGGACAUGUAGAUCAGGAAAUUUAUCAGAUGCAGUUGCCCUUAUUAAUGAGAUGGUUACAAAUAAUUUUGUGCCUGACAGUUAUACAUUCACUAGUCUUAUUGCCGGGCUAUGCAAGAAGGGUAAAAUGGUUGUUGCACUCCUGUUGUCAGGGAAGGCAAUUGAAAAAGGAUUGUUAUCUCCAAAUCCUGCUGUAUUCACUAGUUUAGUUGAUGGUCUUCUUAAGGGAGGACAUUCAAGAGCCGCUUUGUAUAUUUUUGAAGAUAUGCUGAACAAAGGUGUUAGCCCUGAUACUAUUGCAUUCAAUGUGCUUAUGGAUCGAUGCUCAAGGAAGGGGAAAAUGUCGGAGGUAAAUGAUAUCCUUUCAACAAUGAGGAGUAGAAGUUUAUGCUUCAAUUUGGCCACUUACAAUAUUCUCCUGCAUGGAUAUUCAAAGAGGCAUGCGACGGCAAGAUGUUCUAUGUUGUACAAUGACAUGAUCAAACAUGAUUUUGUGCCAGAUAGGUUAACGUGGCACUCCCUUAUUCUUGGAUAUUGUAAGUCCGGAUCAUUGGAUGUAGCUGUUAAAUUUUUAAGAAGGAUAACACUUGAAGGUUUUGUAGCUGAUUGUUUUACAUUUAACAUGCUUAUUACCAAGUUCUGUGAACGGAAUGAGAUAAAAAUGGCCUUUGAUCUGGUAAAACUAAUGAAUCUGACAGGAGUUAUUCCUAAUGUAGAUACAUACAAUGCCCUUUUUAAUGGACUCAUUAGAACUUGUGCUUUUGAUGAAGCCCAUUGUGUUUUGCAAGCCUUGUUGGAAAGUGGUUCUGUUCCUACAUGUAAACAAUAUAUCACUUUAAUCAAUGGCAUGAUUAGAGCGGGAAACAUAAAAGGAGCAAUGAAGCUGCAAGAUGAGAUGAAAACACUUGGUGUCAGCUCCCAUGAUGUUGCUAUGAGUGCUAUUAUUAGAGGGCUUGCACGUUCAAGGAAGACUGAAAAUGCUAUUUCAGUUCUUGAUUUAAUGCUUGAGAUGCAAAUCAUUCCAACUGUUGCUACUUUCACUACUCUAAUGCACAUCUAUUGCAAAGAAGCUAAUGUUGCAAAGGCUUUAGAAUUGAGGAGUAUAAUGGAACGCUGUCAUGUGAAGCUUGAUGUUGCUGCAUACAAUGUUCUUAUAUCUGGCCUUUGUGUUAAUGGUGAUAUCGAAGCUGCUUUUAAACUUUAUGAAGAGAUGAAACAAAGAGAUCUUUGGCCUAAUACCUCUAUAUACACAGUUCUUAUUGAUUCUUUCUGUUCUGGAAAUUAUCAUAUUGAAAGUGAAAAGCUUUUGAGGGAUUUACAGGCCAGGGAAUUAGUUUCUUUAGAUUUGUGUGGAGGCACUGAAAAAUUGAACGAGUUAUUGAUGAUUGCCAGGAAAAAAUUAAAUCGGUCAAGAUAUAAAAUGAGAAGAAAAUUUGGUUGAUCACAGUAUACUUUUAUGUUGUCCAGAAUGUGAGUUAGCAGAUGAGGCUGAGAUGGCAGUUUUGUUACUCAGCCCGAUGUGAUGAUAUUGCUGAUAUGGUUUGCAUUACAUUCCUCUGGUCUCAUUCUUUUGGUUUCUUGUUGGACGUCACAUGAUCAAAACCCUCUUCUCUUAGACAUAUUGUUUCACGGUAUAAGAAAGCUUUUAGCAUUGCUCAGCUUCAUUUCCCCCCCUCCCCCUCUGAACUGAAUAAUGUGGCAUGAUUUGCAUGCUAUAUGAUCUUGAAAGCAGAAGAAAAUUGAAGAAAACAGCAAACAAGCAAGCAUCUAAGUUCAGUAACUCUUCAAUUCAUCUAUAGAUUAUUCUGCUGGUCUACAUUGUGAAGAGGAUUUCUCGUUUCUGCAAGGAUCCAUUCUAUAAUAGAUCUUCUAUUGAUGAUUGUCAUACCGGCAGUCUUGAGCUGAUCUAUGGGCAGAACAAGCUCAAUCUGCUGAACCCCCAAUAUCCAGCCAAUGUACAUUGGGACCAACAAUGACCUCCAAGGCACUGUAACUUUGUCAGAAGCAGUUUUAUGAGUAUUUUCUUGAUGAAGUCAGAACUUAAGGGACCAAUCAAUGAGUCAUAAUAAGGGUUGCGGCCAUUUCCAAAAUAACUACAGGAUUAAGAAUUGAAGGAACUGGUAGAUUUGGACUGGCUGACAGGGAUGGCAUGAAAAGGACAUUUGGUUUUGGACUAUGAUGCACCCACAUUUCAAAAAACCUAACGUGUCGUGUCCGACACUCCAAACACGCGUUGUAGAGACUCAAAAGGGUUCGAAGGUUUUGGAGUUACAAAAAAAAAAAAAAAAAAAAUACUCCCCGUUAAAUCCCGACUAGCAAGGAUGGGGUGAGUGAAAAAUUCUUCUGUUACAGAUGGCUUGAAGGUGAAGGAGAUUGAAGUCGAAUUGGUAAUGGAGCUAGGAAGGAGAAUUCUAAGGUUGAGAUUAAUCCUUGGGUUGAGUAAAAUUGUGUUCAUCUCUUGGAAAUGUUCUCAUU